AUGACUAAACUCAGCAGCAGCGUCAAGGGGUCCCUGAACGUCAGCACCCCCGGACUCCAGAUAUGGAGGAUCGAGGCCAUGCAGAUGGUUCCGGUUCCUUCCAACUCCUACGGCAACUUCUUCGAUGGAGACUGCUACAUCGUCUUGGCGACCCACAAGGUCGGCGGCGGCAAGAGCCUGAGCUACGAUAUCCACUUCUGGCUGGGCCGGGAGUCGUCCCAGGACGAGCAGGGGGCGGCCGCCAUCUACACCACCCAGAUGGACGAUCACCUCCAGGGCCGGGCCGUCCAGCACCGGGAGGUCCAGGGCUACGAGAGCGAACUCUUCAAGGGCUACUUCAAAAACGGACUCGUGAUCCGGAAAGGUGGGGUGGCGUCAGGCCUGAAGCACACGGAGACCAACUCCUACAAUGUCCAGCGUCUACUUCACGUCAAGGGCAAGAGGACCGUCGUGGCCGGAGAGGUGGAGAUGAGCUGGAAUAGCUUUAAUCGGGGGGACGUUUUCCUCCUGGACCUGGGGAAACUGAUCAUCCAGUGGAACGGGCCCGAGAGCAACCACAUGGAGAGGAUCAAGGGGAUGAACCUGGCGAAGGAGAUCCGGGACCGGGAACGCGGGGGUCGGAGCUACGUGGGGGUGGUGGAAGGGGAGGCCGAGGCGUCGUCGGGCCCGGAGCUGAUGAGCAUCAUGCAGCACGUGCUGGGCCCCAGGACCCACCUGCGUCCCGCCAUGCCAGACGACACCGUCGAGCAGGACCUCAAGGCCGCACUCAAACUCUACCACGUGUCGGACUCGGAGGGCAACCUGCUGGUUCGAGAGGUGGCCACCUGGCCUCUCACCCAGGACAUGCUCAAACACGAGGACUGCUACAUCCUGGACCAGGGCGGCCUAAAGGUCUUCGUGUGGAAGGGGAAGGGGGCCAAAGCCGAGGAGAGGAAGGGGGCAUUGAACCAGGCCAUGAACUACAUCAAGGCCAAGAAGUAUCCGACCAGCACCGGAGUGGAGGUGAUCAACGACGGAGCGGAGCCCGCCACCUUCCAGCAGCUCUUCCAAAAGUGGACCGUCCCCGGAAGCACCUCGGGCCUUGGCAAGACCUACACCGUGGGAAGCAUCGCCAAGGUGGAGCAGGUGAAGUUUGACGCGGAGUCGCUCCACGCGCAGCCCCAGGUGGCCGCACACGAGAAGAUGGUGGACGACGGAUCCGGAGAAGUGGAGGUGUGGCGCAUUGAGAACCUGGAACCGGUGGCUGUGGAGCCGCGUUGGCUGGGCCACCUGUUUGGGGGUGAUUGCUACCUUAUCCUCUACACAUACUACAUCAACCAGAGACCCCACUACCUCAUCUACAUCUGGCAGGGCAGCUCGGCCACCCAGGACGAGAUCGCGGCCUCGGCCUACCAAGCCGUCAUCCUGGACCAGAAGUACCAACAACAGGCCGUGCAGAUCCGGGUGACCAUGGGCAAGGAGCCGCCCCACCUCAUGGCCAUCUUCAAGGGCCGCAUGGUCAUCUACAAGGGGGGCACUUCCCGGGCGGGCAACCCCGAGCCGGAGCCCGCCACCCGGCUGUUUCAAGUGAGGGGCAGCCACGACAAGAAUACCAAAGCCAUCGAGGUCCUGCCGCGGGGCGCCUCCCUCAACUCCAACGACGUCUUCGUCCUCAAGACCCAGUCCUGCUGCUACCUCUGGUGUGGGAAGGGCUGCAGCGGGGACGAGAGGGAGAUGGCCAAGAUGGUAGCCAACACCAUAUCGAAGACGGAGAAGCUGGUGGUCGUAGAGGGGCAGGAGCCCCCCAACUUCUGGCUGGCCCUGGGGGGCAAGGCCCCCUAUUCCAGUGACAAGAGGUUUCAGGAGGAGACCCCAUCCUACGAGCCACGCCUCUUCGAGUGUUCGAACAAGACAGGCCGCUUCCUGGCCACGGAGCUGACCGACUUCACCCAGGAUGACCUGGACGAGGGCGACGUCUACCUGCUGGACACCUGGGACCAGGUGUUCUUCUGGGUGGGGAAGAACUCCAACCAGGCGGAGAAGGAGGCCGCGGCCACCAUGGCCCAGGAGUACCUGAAGACCCACCCCAGCGGGCGCGACCUGGGCACCCCCAUCGUCGUGGUCAGGCAGGGCUACGAGCCGCCCACCUUCACCGGAUGGUUCCUGGCCUGGGACCCCUUCAAGUGGACCAGCUCCAAAUCCUACGAGGACCAGAAGGCGGAAUUGGGAAACAUGGGCAACCUGAGUCAGAUCGCGGCUGAGAUCAUCAGCACCAAGCAAGAGAUCUUCAACGCCAACACCAGUUUCAACUGCGGCCCCCUGCCCCGCUUCCCCCUGGAGCAGCUGGCCAACCAGCCCGUGGACCAGCUCCCCGAUGGCGUCGAUCCCACCAAGAAGGAGAUGUACCUGUCGGACGAAGACUUCCUCUCCGUGUUCGGGAUGAGUCCGGCGUCCUUCGCGGCCCUGCCUCAGUGGAGACAGCAGAACCUCAAGAAGGAAAAAGGCCUUUUCUGAAGCUCCGGCCGGCACCGGGUUCGAGGCGGAGGCCGGGUUUCCAUUUUCCCGGCGACCGCGUCGACGGGUCACAGCGUUCCCGGCCCAACCCCGGUGGGGAAAGAGCCUUCGGCCUCGGGGUCACCCCUCCAGGCCCCGGCGCCGAGGAAGUUGGGGGUGUCCAGUAGCUGUCCUGGGGUGGGAUGCCGCCCCUCCGCCCCGUCACCUGAUUUCCCUCCCUCCAGAAGAGUAAGCUCACCAUUAGCGCGGAAUACCUCUGUUUAUUAUAACGCUGUCCUCUCCCUAGUGCUCAGUACAGUGGUCUGCCCAGAGUGCUCAAUAAAUGAAUGAAUGAA